CUCAUUAUAGUCUCACAAAUUAAUCAGCUUUGACGCUGAAAUUGUUGUGAAGAUCAUUGUUAAUUAGUUGUGAUUCGAUCGAAGAUGAACUCCAAUCUGCUAUCGAAUCCUAUAUCAUCGGAGGUCUUCACCUCCAUUGAUUUGGGAACAAAUUCUUUCAAGCUUCUAAUAGUCCAAGCUGAGCCUUCCGGUAGAUCUUUCGUUCCAAUCGAGAGACUCAAAGAGCCAGUGGUGUUGUCUCGUGAAUCUCCAACCUCAAUUUCGUCUCAAUCUCAGGCUCGCGCGCUUCAAUCUCUACGGAAAUUCAAAAGUUUAAUUCUCUCGCACCACGUCUCUGGUGAUAGGAUCCGAUGCGUUGCAACGGAAGCCUUACGGCGAGCCGAGAAUCAGGAAGAGUUCGUGGAUGCGGUUUUUGAGGAUGUUGGGCUUAAGGUCGAUGUGCUUUCUGGUGAAGAGGAAGCCAGGUUAGUUUAUUUAGGCGUGCUUCAGUUUUUACCUGUGUUUGAGAAAUCAGUGUUGUGUGUUGAUAUUGGAGGUGGUUCUACUGAAUUUGUGGUUGGUAAGUGUGGUGAUGUCAAGCUUGCUGUUUCUUUAAAGCUAGGUCACGUGAAUUUGACGCAGAUGUUUAUGAAAAAUGGUAUUGGAUUGAAGGAAAUGAGAGACUAUAUUCGUCAUGCGAUUGAUGAGUCUAGGUUAGCAGAAAAAUUGAAUGAAUCAGAUGGUUUUGAGGUUGUUGUGGGAUCUUCUGGAACUAUACGAGCUAUUGAGAAUGCAGUUUUCAGUGGCUAUGGAGCUGAUUUGUGUGAUUUCAAUUUGGAAGGGUAUAAGAGGGACUGGAGAUUUGGUACAAGAGAGCUGAGCAGCGUUGUAGCAAAGCUAUGCAGUGAAGGAGACGAAGAGCUGAUUCGAAGGGAGGGAUUUUUCAAGAGAAGAUCAGAGUUCAUUGUUGCUGGGGCUGUAUUGUUGGAGGAAAUAUUCAAGGCUCUUGGCAUAGAGGACAUGGAGGUCUCAGAGUAUGCAUUGGCAGAGGGUGUGAUUGCUGAUUCUCUGGCCAAAGCUUUUGAUGGAUCAUAUGAUUUAAAUGCUAAUGCAAGAUGGCGAUCGGUCAUGAGGCUUGCCACGCGUUUCAGUGGUAAAAAGCGAAUGACUCAUGCGAUACACUGUGCCAAGAUUGCAAAGGAGAUCUAUCUAGGUUUGAGGAAGUGCAAUGAUUUUAAGGUUAUCUUAGACGAUAAAGAUCUUGAGUAUCUCGAAGCUGCUUGUUUCUUGCACAAUAUCGGAAUCAUCACAGGGAAAAAGGGUUAUCAUAAGCAAUCUUAUCAUAUCAUCAAGAAUGGGGAUCAUCUCCACAGCUACACUGCUGAGGAAAUCGAGCUUAUAGCUAUGCUUGUGAGAUACCAAAGAAAAAAGUUUCCCAAGCUUGAUCGUGCACCUCUUAAGGGCUUCACUGGGGAGGCAAAGCGAAAAUUCAUAAUUUUGUGUUUGAUUACACGAUUAUCAGUUACACUUCAACGGAAUGAGAAUAUGGAUCUCCAAGAAGUUGAAUUUAUUGAAUCUUCCGAGAUCUUCAAACUCGUAAGUACAUCUUUUAAUCAUUCUACUUCCUACACUGAGCAAACCCAUAUAAUAACCAUUUCAAACUCUACAAUCAACCCCGUUGUACCUAGAUUCCCUGCAUUCUUCAUUUCGUUCUUCCAAUGAAAUUAAUGGUAUGCUGAUCACCUCUUAGUCAAUUUAUUUAAAUCUUGUGAAAAUUUCGAACUUGUUAGUUAAUUUCCUUGCUGGGGAUAAAAUGGAUAUUUCCAUCUCAAUAUCAGUGUCUUAAAUCUUUGUCUCUUCACUUUACUAUGAUUAUUGUUUGUUUGAUUGCAGGUGCUGAAAAGACAACACCAGGAACCGGUAGAGGUUGGUUGUCAAGAUCAAGUAAACAAAAACUCUGAUGAAUCACAACUGGAGAAAGAAGUUGAGCAUUUUAAAAGGGUAAACAUUCAUUAUUACCCAAUAAUUUUGAUCAAUUUCACUUUGGUUAUCAAAUGUUUGAAUUUCAUGCAAUGAACUGUCAGCUAUCAGCAAAUAUCUAUGAUCGAUUAGUAACAGUAAUAGAGACACUGUGGAAACAUUACCUCAACAGCUAAUGUACCAAAGCCUCCAUAUAUAAUUUUCUGGUAUUCGUUUGCUUUGAACUCAGCAGCUAUACAAAAAGGAAAUGGUGAUUGUUUUUCCUUCCUGAAAAUCAAUCAGACGGUUUCUAAGAUCAAUGAGUUAUCGGUAUGACUAAACUGAGGCAACUCUAGCAGGUAUGAGAAACUUUCUCUGCAUCAAAGAUCAAAAGCAUGUUAUAUAACAAGUAAUAACUAUCAUAAACCAUUUCCUCUGUCACGGCAAAACUAAACCUCUACAUAAUUUGGUACAGAGAGUUGUUGGUUUCUUUCCUGGAGUUUUCCGUUGUCCAAUUUGUGAAGUCGAAAAUGUCAGGUGGUCUUUAAUUAUUCAUGAUCUUGCAGUUUUAAACCAGAAACUGAUGGUAAAACUAUGAUUGUACGCAGAUUGAAUUGGUGUAAUGAAAAGAGGUAAUUAAGCAUCUUAGCCAACCCUGACGGACUUGUUGUGUCAAUAAAUUUUUGUCUAACUAUUUGAUUCAACAAAACCUUUUAACACAAGAUUCCCUCUCUCACUUGUACUUUUGUUUGCCUAGAUUUGACUCCAUGUUAACUUUUCCCACUGGAUGUGUGCAUUUGGGUUAUAAGCAGAUGUUGAAACGGUUGCCUUCGAAUCAAGGUCAUCUACACAUGACUGCAGGACCAAGUGAGUGAAGCCGGGGCGGUUGAAGCCCUUGAUUCUCAUCUGAAGAAUGAUACUAUUACCAUGGUAAGGAAGCAACCAAUGACAAUUCUAGUAUCAACUAUUUGCUUUGACAAUUCCAAAAAAAUUAUAUUUAUUUAUAGUAACUCAUUCUGACUAUGUAGUAUAUUGUUUUAUACUUCUAUCAUAAAAAAAUUGAGUUGCGACA